AUGUUGUCUGCAAAUCUCUUCGCCCUCUUCGUCUCGGCCGCUUUAGCUGCCGGUCAGACGUGCUACUGGCCCGAUAAAACAGUGGCCACGGGCGACGUCCCUUGUAACAGCGGCACGUACAGUUCGUGUUGCUCGCCCAACUCCAUCUGCCUCGAUAAUGGAUACUGCAUGGCCAUUGCGCAACCGUUCACCCUCUACCGUAGCAGCUGCACCGAUUCCGGCUGGGGUGAUAGCUGUCCUCGUCAAUGUUACGGAACCGAUUCGCCACAGGGCUCCGCGUGCUCCAUCGUGCUCUUGGAAAAUACCAAACAGGCGGGCGUUUGGUAUUGCUGCAACUCGAUCGUCGCCAACUCCUCCUCCAGCGUCGGCUGUUUCAACGACCAGGCCGCCUUUCAACUCCCCGACGGCGAUGUCGUCAUGGAUAAAGCCCUUAUGGCCAGUGCUUCCUGUGCCGCCGACACCAUCUCUCCCACGGGAGGUAACAGUAUAGCUGUCUCGUCGUCCACCUCGACUUCGUCUGCCAGCGAGAGUACCACCAGCAGCAGUAGCGGCAGCAGCAGCAAUACCAACACCUGUGACUCCACCAGCGCAGACAGUGCCACCAGCAACACCAACACCACCUGCAACGCCAACGACAAGAACAACAGUUCCCGAGACGUCGCCAUCGGUGUCGGCGUGGGUGUCCCCCUCGGUGUCCUCGCCUGCACCGGUCUCGCCUGGGCGCUAUUUGAGCGGAAAAAGCGAUACUCACUCCUCAACUCGCCUCAGGCAAUGGUAGCAGCCGCACAACCAUACCCCAUGGCGCCCCCUCCAAUGGCCAAACCCCCUCAAGAACUAGGCCAAUAA